CCCUCUGUUGGUAGACCUCAUUCUGGCAAAAAACCUUCUUCACUUUGCAUUAUUUCCCAAACUUUUCUCUCUCUUUCUUUCUUUCUUCCCAUUUCUCUCUCCUCUUUUUUCUUCAUUUUUCCAUGUUUCUUAUUAUUAGCUUUGUUUAGGGUUAAUUCCAACCUUCUUUCUUACUAGAAAACUUUAAAUUUGCACAAAUUUGGGGGUGUUGUAGUUGUAGCAGUAGUAGUGUCUAAGAGAAGAAGGGAAAUUUUUAACAAAAAUAUAAUAGACAACCUAGAAAAAGGUUGUUAGAUUUAACCAAAAGCAUUUUAUUAGAAGAAAUAAUUAAUAUUUUGAAGGAAAUAAAUAAUAUUUAUAAAAACAAAAGAGGUAAAAUUUAAAAAAAUGGGAAGAGGAAGAGUAGAGCUAAAGAGGAUAGAGAACAAAAUAAACAGGCAGGUUACAUUUGCUAAGAGAAGAAAUGGUUUGUUGAAGAAAGCUUAUGAACUUUCUGUUCUUUGUGAUGCUGAAGUUGCUCUCAUCAUCUUCUCCAGCCGUGGUAAACUCUAUGAAUUCGCCAGUGGACCCAGCAUGCUAAAAACCCUUGAGCGUUAUCAGAAGUGCAGCUAUGGAGGAGUGGAAGUCAACAAGCCAUCUAAGGAGCUUGAGAACAGCUACAGGGAAUACUUGAAACUGAAAGCUAGACAUGAAUCACUCCAACGAACUCAAAGGAAUUUACUUGGAGAGGAUUUGGGACCUCUGAACGUGAAGGAGCUUGAUCAGCUAGAAAGGCAGCUGGAGUCUUCUCUGAAGCAGAUUAGGUCAACUAAGACACAAUCAAUGGUGGAUCAACUUACGGACCUUCAAAACAAGGAACAUUCACUCAUGGAAGCUAAUAAGUCUUUGAAGACCGAGCUUGAUCGAAUAAUGGUAAAGGAUGCUCAAUUCCGACAACCCUGGGAUAAUGCCGACCAGAAUGUUCACUAUGGACAGCAGCAUUCUCAAUCUCAGGGGCUGUUAAACUUCCAGCCCCUUGGUUGCAAUCCUACCCUGCAAAUAGGGUAUAACCCAGAAACUUCAGACCAGAUGAAUGUUGGAACAACACAUAAUCAAGUGACUCAAGUCCCAGGUUUCUUACCAGGGUGGAUGCAAGGUGGAUGCUUCAGUUAAUCAUGCAAUUAAUGGAGAAUGUAAAGUCCAUCAGCAAGCUAAUUAAGUGUGUGUAACUCCUAAUAAUAAUUCUUAUAGGAGCACAAGACUCUAAUUAAGGAAUUGUUAGACCUUAAUUAAUUUUGUAUUUUGGUUUGUAAUUGAAUUUUGUUUCAGGGAGACUAUAAGCAGAUGGAAGUAUACAUUAUCCUA